AUGGAAAUAUGGACCAAUGGGAUGAUGGAGGAGACUUCAGUUGUGCAUCAUUUGUAUGUUUGGAUGAGGAAUGCUUGGAUUAGGAAGUAUCAGGCUGCCCUGUCGGUGUCUAAUUCGCGAGCUAAGGCGAAAUGGCAAAAAACCCCUCUGGGUGCCAAUAAGAUCAAUGUUGAUGGGGCUUUUCAGGUGCACACUGGCAUUGGGGGUGGGGGGAUCAUUGCUCGUUACUCUGCAGGAUGCUUUGUAGCUGCACGUGCAUGCAAGUUCAACCAUGUUGCUUCUCCGGAACAUGCGGAAACUCUCGCUCUCCGUGAGGCCCUACUCUUUGCCCAAGACUUUGGUCCGGUUCCUAAGAUGAUUGAGAAGAUUCAUGCGCGAGGCGUGCUACAGUCUAUUCAAGAUACGAUGGAGGAUAGAUCCCAGCUCAGCUGUUUGUUUUCCGAUUGCAAGUUUUUACUUUCCCAGUUAGAGAAUGUUUCCAUUCAAUUUGAUUAUAGAGAAACUAACCAAGCGGCGCACCGCUUAGCUAGGUUGGCUCUCACUCUACCAGAAACAACAUCGUGGCUUCAGGACCCUCCUGAUGCUGUGUGUGAUGUUUGGUGGAGGACAGUAUGCAAUCUUUGA